AUGGUAGAAAGCAAUGAACAACGAAUCGAAAUCAAGCUUGAAGAGGCUACUGCUUCUGUCUUUGAAGACGUGCUGCAGUUUAUCUACACUGGAAAUGUUUCUGUGACCGAAGAAAGUUGCCACAAGUUGAUUGCCACGGCUGAUUAUCUUCUUUUACCGGGGUUAAAAACAUUGGCUUGUCGUUUCUUGCAAGACGAGUUGACGGUUCAAAACUGUGUUUUCACCUAUUAUGUUGCUGAAAAGUAUCAGUGUGAACAGCUUAAAUUGGCAUGUUGCGAGGAGAUUUGUUCAAAUUUCACUGCUGUUAUGGAAACAGAAGAUUUUCUGAACCUUGACAUGAAACAAGUCAUGGAAUGGGUAUCUCGAGAUGACAUUAAGGUUGGUGCUGAGGAAGAAGUAUUUAUGGGAAUUGUCAAGUGGGUCUCUCAUAACAAACCUGAAAGGGAAGCCAGUUUUUUUGAGUUGUUGCGCCAAGUGCGCCUAAUUUCCAUAUCAAAAGUCUUUCUCCGCAACACAUUAGUGAAGCAGGAGCUUGUAACUACAAGUAAUGUCUGCUUAAACUUUGUGUUGGAAUCUAUUACUGAUGAAAACACAAGUCUUUCCAAAGCACCAAGAAAAUGCCUUAUAUCGCAAGUGGAAGCAAUUUUUGUGUGCGGUGGCAGGAAGGCAUUGUGUUAUCUUCCCGACGUAAAUGUGUGGUAUCAAUUGGCAAACAUGUCGUUUGAGCAUCAAGACCAUGCUGUCAUUCAAGAGCAGGAUAAGGUUUUCAUUUUUAGUAAACAAAAUUUUACAGAUAGUCUGUCUUAUGUAGUAGAGUACUAUGUGCCUUCCACAAACCUGUGGUGUUCUUUUCAGUCAGGCUUUGAGUAUAAUGAGCAAUUCUGUAGUGUGUUAGCAGUGAGUGGUUAUUCACCAUUGUAUGCUUUAACCAAUAAUGACUCUAUUCCUGAAAAUACAAUUUAUACAUUUGACAUUGAUAACAAUGAGUGGGAAUUACGAGGAGAAGAUGAGUAUAGGAAUCGAUGGGGGGCCUGUGCUGUGUCACUGGGACAUUACCUUUACAUAAUAGGCGGUAGUUAUGAUGACACUACCACUAGAACUGGAAUAACUAAAGUGGAAAGAUUUGAUCCAAAUGAUGACAGUUUCCAAGAAGUUGCACCUAUGAAUAACGCAAGACAUGCUGCAUUUGGAGCAGCCAUGAAUGACAAGAUCUAUGUUGCAGGUGGAAUUCGAACAAGACACAGAAGUGGACUGCUUGACUCCUGUGAGGUUUAUGACCCAUCAACCGAUGAAUGGCAUCUGAUUGCAAGUCUCUGUGAACCACACCAUUCAGCAAGCAUGGUCUGCUUCAACAGAGCUCUGUAUGUUAUUGGUGGUGUGAAGUUUACAGAUCGGGAAUUGUCAGUUGAAGUAUUUGAUUCUGAAACAAAUGAGUGGAAGGAGAAGAGCACCAUACCUGUUAGCCAAGUUGAAAGUGAAGAAGAGAGAAACAAACAGAUGGAUUAUAGGGCUUGUGCAGCAUCAGUUCAUCAAGAUGUGUUUUUGAGGCCUAUUGUGUCCUGAGCUGAGACAGUUGUAUGCUCUGUAAAGAUAUUGUGCUAAGUGCAAAUGCAUAAACUUUCAUGAUCACAAGACUAUAAAAUGCUUCAAAAAAAGGAGCUGUGAGCAAUCUAGUAUUGAAGCACAGGCACUUUUCUGACCCUGAAAAUUUUCUUGAAAAACUGUUAAUCUUGGAAACACUUCAAUACGAUAUAACAGUGCAGGGCUCAGCGCUUUGCUCUAAGAACAUUUUGCUGGAGCCCAAUGCUCUGUACAUGUGAAAUCUAAAGAGCCCAGUAUGUGUUUUUUGGUUCUGUUUUUCUUUUCUUGGUGAAAUUUUGAUUUCCUAGCCUUCCAAGUGCAAAACUUAAGCACCAGGGACCACCAAGCACUGCGAGAGCAUAACCCUGGUUGGUUUAUAGCGAAAUUCGUUGUAUAUAUAUAUUAUAUAUUUUGGGUUUUUCUGUUCUGACAAUCAUCUUAGCAGACCUCCUAGGAAACACAUGUUUACUUGCACAAGUUCAAAAGGUCCUAGUUUGUGAUUGGUGGAUUUCAAUCCGUUUUGUUUACUUUGUGUUUCAAGGUCCAUUGCUUUGUGAUCGUCCUGUUUCAGGCAAUGAUGGACUCGUUAAGUUUGCUUCACAGCUUUCUCUGAUCUUUUUUAUUCUAAUGUCACUUGCAAAAAUCCACUUACUAUCACGAUUUCCUUUGCUAUUCUUGAGCAGUCUCGAGUCAUUCUUAGCCAAGCUGUGAACGCACAUUACAUUGUGAUUUGCAUUAACCCUGCCUUCGCUCGAAUGAUUGACAGAACAGAAAAACCCAAAAUCUCUUCGAAGUUUGCAAUAUGCGCAACACGGUACAACAAAUUUUGCUGUUGUAUUUUUUAAACAAAACCCUGCAAGAGGUCAAGUGGGUUCAUUGUCAUUGAGACUUUAUUAAACAUGAAUGCACUUGAAUUUUAGCUGAUAUAACUGAAUGGUUCCUUAUCUACGGGUCAAUCUGGGAAUGUAUUAAACACCAAAAUUUGGUGUUUAAUACAUUUAAUGGGAGUAGCAAUACUCUUGCACACUAUUACUCUCUUGACGUAUUUGAUAUAUAUCACAGGUUUUGCAAUGGAGGGUCACUUUUAGCAGGAUUUACACAGGGGGUACAUAAUGUACCCACCAUGAAUCACUCUAGCUUGUUCCAGGCUCUCAGAUAAUGGGAAAGAUUCGAAAGUACUCAAUUCAGUGGGACGGACUAUCCUGGAGCCUGCAACAGGCUAGAAUCACUCUGACUUUUUUAGGCCAUCAUGCAUCAUGUAAAUGAGGUGCCAUGUUAGCUUAGAGCAAUAACAAAAACAACAACAACAAGUUUAUUCAGUAUUACCAUUUUUUACAGUUGUUACCGACUGAAAUAACAAUAAACAGCUAAAUUUAAGAAAAUGGAGAUAUAAUGGAAUGGUAGAAUUAAUAUGUGAAUCAGAGUAUUGUUAAAAAGAAAACAGACUUUAUCAUGGAUAUUGUAAUUUGUAAAUAAUGUAUUUUGGUCCUUGAUUUUAAUAAAAAGAGUCUUUCUCCGGUUAUGUGCUCCCGCACUGGCUAAACCUGCAACUAAGGGACCAGCCAUUAUUUAUCGCCUGGGGGUAGAGGGGGCGGGGGGGAGAUUUAGGGCUAAACAAUGUAAAAUUUAGCUGAUCCCCCCUUUGAAUGUUACUUCACUGUAGUGAUCCCCCCUAAUAACAUUUGAUGACUUUUGCAAUCCCCCCCACAUGUCUUCAUUUUCCAAGCAAAUUUGAGUGGUCCCCCCUCUGAAUCCUUCCAAAGUUUUCAGUGAUCCACCCUACUGGGUUGUCAGUUACGACUGAUCCCCCCUUUUGUUCUCCUAAAAAUCAAGUGAUUCCCCCCAAAGUCCUCCCCCCACCGGUCCCUAAAGAAGUCCUGUUAGCGUAAAAUUCCAACGAUCAUCUUUGUACCUUGAACUGGGGUUUUGAUGGUUGUAACGGCUGUUCUCUCUACUCAUCAUCAUCAAUUAAUUUUGCAAUUCUCCUCAAUUUUUUUUACUUUUAUAUUGGAUACGUAAUUCCAAUGAUAAAUUGUGUCCCCAAAUUAGUAUGGGGUUUUUCCCAAGCUAUACAAGUAUCCACAUUCUUAGGCCAUUUCCAGGUUGUCCCAAGCCUAUUCUUGAAGGCGAGUUGCUCCCCCUACCCUACUCCCUCGCUGUUUUUUCCUGCUCACUUCUCUUCACAACGUUCCCACAUUCUGAACGCCUGGAACAGGCUACAAGGCGAGAAUAAGAGCGAAGUUAUUCACUUAAAAAAAAAAACAAGAAUCGCGAAAAGGCGAUUUAAACUGGGCUGCCAAUUUUCCUGGGGGAGGGGGUGGCUGCACACUUAGGCCGCCAGGCUUGUUGCUGUCGACUAUUGCGUGACGUAUCAUCUCAUGUGAGGGUUAAAUAGUUACUCAAUCCACAUUUGAACAUUUUACCCUUUUGGAAGACUUUCGUAACAAGAAAAAUGAGUACCAUUUUUAGUCGGGGCUGUAUAGCACCUUUUCAAAUUCCACCAUUGUGAAUAAAAAUAAGCAAGUGAACCAUUCUUAGCAGGAAAUAAUUAGCGUUAUUUUCACGUACCCUUCCCCCAAUCCCUCUGCUCCCCAAAAUAUAGCGUGAGCAAUAGAUUUCGCCAGUGCUAAUGUAUGUGAAAAGGGUACCAUUUGUUAAUAGAAGGUAUAUAAAAGGAGUACCUUUCCUGUCAAAAUGGCAUAUAUAAGAGAGUGAUAGGUUGGACUUCGGGCUCCACCCCCACCCUGUGCGAUAACAGAGUAUCACUUGAUACCAAACGUGACAAAUUCCUGUUCCAGCUAACCAGUGUUCAAACAACAUGGCCGACUUAUCGCAACCCAUCGCGGCAGAUCCUGCUAAACAUCGUGACGAACUUUUUCAGCGUCUAGAUGCCCUGAGAGAAAAAGAAAGCUUCUGUGAUGUAACAGUUGCAGUGAAAGGCAAAGAAUUCAAAGCUCACAAAGUGGUGCUAGCUGCAGCAAGCCCCUUUUUCCUCUCACUUUGGGAAAGCAACAUGAUAGAAAGUAACAAACAACUGAUCGAAAUCAAGCUUGAAGAUGCUACUGCUUCCAUCAUGGAAGACGUGCUGCAGUUUAUUUACUCUGGAAAUGUUACUGCUACCGAGGAAAAUUGCCACAAAUUGAUCGCAACUUCGGAUUAUCUUCUUUUACCCGGAUUGAAAACAUUGGCAUCUAGUUUCUUGGAAGAUAAUUUGACAAUUGAGAACUGUAUCUUCAAUUACUAUUUUGCCGAGAAAUAUCAUUGUGCGGAGCUCAGUGAAGUCUCUCGUAAGACGAUUUAUGCAAAUUUCACUGAUGUGAUGGAGACAGAAGAUUUUCUGAACCUUGAAAUGAAGCAAGCCAUGGAGUGGGUGUCUAGUGAUGACAUUGAUGUCAGUGAUGAGGAAGCUAUAUUCACGGGAAUUGUCAAGUGGGUGUCUCACAACAGGAAUGAAAGAGAAAGCUGUUUUCCUGAUUUAUUGCGCCAAGUCCGCAUAAGGUCCUUAUCACUUGAAUUUCUUCUUAAGAAAUUGUUGAAGGAAGAGCUAGUAACUAGAAAUAAUGACUGCUUAAACUUUGUUGUGGAAUCCAUGGAGUCAGUUUUCAUUGCUGCAGAUAAGAGUCUUACUAAAGCACCAAGAAAGUGUCAGAGGGUACUUGUGGAAGCAGUUUUUGUGUGUGGUGGCAGAAAAGCUUUGUGUUAUCUCCCAGAUGAAAACAAAUGGUAUUUUAUUGCAAACAUAAUUUUUGAUCAUCAGCACCAUGCUGUUUUGCAAUACAGGGAUAAACUUUACAUUUUUAGUAAGCAAACAUUUCCAGACAAACAGUCACAGGAAAAAAGAUAUUUUGAGCAGUCACAUGUAGCAGAAUUUUAUGUACCUUCGACCAAUACCUGGGGUUCCAUUCAGACAAGAUUGUGUUAUUCAGAUGAGAAAUUUUCAAGUUUGUCAGUCCUGAAUGGAUUUUCAUCCUUGUAUGCUGUAACUGAAUCAGCCACUAGCACUAUGAAUGGAAUUUUUGCAUAUGAUGUUGACAACAAUGAGUGGGCGUUACUUGGACUUGGAGCUGAAGAUGAAUUUAUUCAAGAUCGUUGGGGAACUUGUGGCAUAGCAGCUGGAUGCCAUCUUUACAUUAUAGGUGGUACAAACAAAGGGGAUUUUCCAGCUACCGGUAUUACCAAAGUGGAAAGGUUUGAUCCAAAGGAACAUGAAUUAGAAGAGGUUGCACCUUUGAAAGAGGCAAGGCAUGAUGCAUUUGGAGCAGCCAUGAAUGGCAAGAUCUAUGUGGCCGGUGGAAUUCAGAUGAGAGAACAGAGAUGUAGACUUCUCAACACAUUUGAGGUAUAUGACCCAUCAACCAAUGAAUGGCAUCUGAUUGCAGACCUCUGUGUACCACGUCAUUCUGCAAGCAUGGUGAGCUUCAAAGGAGCUCUGUAUGUCAUUGGUGGUUUAAAGAACACCAACAAUACCUCUACACUGAGAGAGUUGUCAAUUGAAAUGUUUGAUUCUGAGACAAGUGAAUGGAAGGAGAAGGGCUCCAUACCUGUUAGUGGUGAAAGCAGCGAAGAGAGAUAUAAACAAAUACACUACAAAGCUUCUUUUGCAACAAUUCAUGAAGAUGUAUUUACAGUAGAGAAUAUCAUUAGUGUAUGA